AUGUCUGCCAACACCACCACGACCACCAUGCGCCCAGAGGCCUCUCGCAUGACCUCCUCAAACUCUACAACCUCGACCAAAUCGACAGCAUCAUCGACCGCCUCUCGUCGCUCGAUCAUCUCUCAGGCCGCCAGUAAUUUCGUCCGCGAGUCCAAGCAGAACCUCAAAGAUUUCUCCACUGCUGUUCCUUGGUACACUGGAUAUCCUACCACUCCUUCGCAGAAGUCAACCAAGUCUACGACAAGCAAGACCGAUGAGGAUGCGAAGUCGGAGUUUUCGUUCACUUUUCCGUCACUUUCCGGAUGCUGCUAG